UUGAAUAGCGGCAAUUUCGGCCACUUUGAUCACCACUUCGAUUUCUCUCAUCAAACAAACAUUUUCUUCUCUUUUUAUUUUUUUUCUCCCUUUUUCUUAUCUUCCCCUAAAUACAUGCAAACCUGAAAAAAAAUUCUAUCAACGAUUAGUAUCUCUCUCUUUUUCUUUCUCGACAUGACGGAUGAUAAUUACAAGAGAAAGAAAAAGAGAGGGAGAAAAAACAAUUUUUCCUGUUCUUGUUUUCCUUCAUUAAUCACCCCGACUGAACAUAAUAACAAUUGUUUAGAUAAUGAUAAUGAUGCCCAUAUUACUAAAAAUGGACGUGUUUUGAUCCCUCUUGACAAUGAUCGCGUGGUUCGUAAACAAUCUUCUCAUCGUUCACACAUUCCUCGCUUAGUUAAAGCGGUUUUGUUUGGUUCCUUGAUGGCAAAGAAGAUUCAUAGGAGUAGUUCAUCCAAAUCUUCUUCGAUGGCUUCUUCGGACACAAAUGGAUCAUACAUAACAUAUGACAAAACCGGCGAUGAUGACAAUAAUACGUGUGUUAAGGAAUGUAACGAUAAUACGGACGAGACAAGCAGUCGUUGUCGUUCAAAUUUAUUAACAUCUUCUUCGUCGUCGUCGUCAACAAAUUGUUCUUCUAAUUCAUAUACAACUUCUUCAUGCUCGACGACGUCCACAUUUUCAACUUCUCGGUCAUCAUCUCAACAAAAAUCAUCAUCUCAAAUAGAUUUAGUCGAUUUUAGACACCCCGAUAUUUCAUCCAAAUCAUUUCUUCUUGACCAAAAAGUUUCGUCCCGAUUAAUGGACCAUCCACGUCAUCAUUUGAGACACCAAGAUUCAUCCGCUUCCGUUUCACUACCUUUGUCGAACCCAAAACCUAUGAAAAAAUUCAUUCAUAAAUCUUUGUCUUUCCAAAAAGGAAUAUCCCAAUUAGAUUCAUUAUUAUUAGAUUCUUCUUCAAGUUUCCCUUCCUUGACAAAUUUAAAUCGUGAUAAAAUCCGUAACAAUAAUAAUGGGAAUAAUAUUCUUUGGUGUUUUUUUCUUUUCCUAAGUCUUGUCGUUUUGGUAGUUUACGGAAGGAUUUUCUCGAUUUUAUGUACAUCAACUUGGUUAUACUUUGUACCUUGUUUACGCAUCAAACGAGUAAAUUCGUCUACCAACAUGACCGCAUUUGUGGAUACCGAUUCGGAACAAUACAAGAAGAGAGUCAUCAUGGCUGGAUUACUUGAUAGAACUCGAAAUCCCUUCCGAUAGCCAUGUAUGAAACAUAUGUAUGAAAUGUGUGUAUAGAUAUACUACUUCUUUGAAUAAAAAACUAUAUCUAUUUACAGAAA